AUGCUUUACGUAAAUGUUAGCAGUAUCUUCUUCAAAUCCUACUCCGUAGAUCCUAUAUCGGGUCAUAUAAUUUACGUUUUCGAUUCAACAUACCUGCCAUCGCCGGAAGAAGUGGGUGAUAAACAGGUAUACGAUCUACUGAUAGAUGAGCUGAUGGAUAAAUUGAUAGGGAAACUUCCCCGGGGGCCAUUCUCGCUUGUCGUCUUCUCUUCUGGGUUCUCAAAGAAAAAAAUCAGUUGGAUUUACGGAAUAAAAAUGUUUGCGAAAUUGCCAAAGGAACUACGGGGGUUCCUUCAAAAGACUUACAUUGUGCACGAAUCAUUCUUUAUAAGAACGGUUUAUCAAGUACUUUCAAACGCGAUGAAUAUAAAAUUGCUGAGCAUCAAUCCACUACAGGACCCACAGGCAAGUUCGGAGAAUGCGGAACCGCAUUUAUUUUCACAUAAUCAGUCGAUGGUUCAUGUUGAAAAUCUCACAGAGUUGGCUACAUUGAUUGAUAUCACAACAUUGAGAAUAUCUCUGAAUGUUUAUUUACAUGACUACCAAUUCAAUGAUUAUAUUACUCUGCCCGAAGCAUAUUUCACUAGACUGUCGUCUGGCGGUGUAAGGCAAUAUCGGCAGUUAAUAUUUGAUAAGAUAUUUAAACGAUUGGUCCAUGAAGCACCUUCACAUCAAUUGGUGUUUCAAAAGCCAGGCUCAUACAAAAAAGUAAACAUUUUGCUGGAUAUCAUAGAGAGAAAUAAUUACAUUGACUUAUCACAAUGGGACAUAUAUUCUUUGGCAACCGUGUUUCUUCAUUUUUUGAAAACAAAGACGCACCCUUUGAUACCAAUAGACCUUAUUCCAUUACCUAUUAGUGACGACUACGAUUACACUUACAUGACUUUUUGUAACAUUAUUAAGUCGAAUCACUACUUCGAUUUAUUUGAAACCAUUUUCCCCUUAUUUAAGUCCCUUUUACAAGCUGCAAACGUAACAAACCAUACUAUGAGAACGCUAAGUAAGGCUUUAACACCCACCAUUUGUCAAGAAAAAGUCUCGAUGACAACUAGCGACAGAUUGGCAGUUGGAACUAGAUUCAUAGGAAAUUUACUGGAACAUUUUAAUGACAUCAUGGAACGCAUCGAAAGAGCUAGAACCGGCAGGACUCAAAUAGUUUCUCCUUUGAGGAACAAAACAACAGGGAAAUUACCUCCGCGACAGCCACUGUCAUCUCAACCAGUUAGCAGCGUUUUGCCCAGCACAACAAUGAUUCCACCCCCAGUGCCCUGUGCAAGAAAAAGCAGUCCUACAAAAUAUGGAAACCUUGAAACUGUUCGGCCGUCUAGACCGACUUCACCAUUUGCCUGCCAACAAAAAACAAGGCGUAGCACUAGCUCUACAUCAACGCUUUCAGUAGAAAAUACCAAUAGCACCUCACUUAAACCAGGAGAAGAUAUAUAUUCUUCUUCACGUGUAAAUAGCGACUCAACGGCUACUGUAUCAGAAACACCUAACAGCAGCUCUUCAAGAAUAUCCUCCUCCUCCUCCUCAUCCUCCUCCUCGCUAGUAUCGCCGGUAAUAGCAUCCGCUACCUCAGGGACAGCAAAUAUCCCUGAAUCAAUAAGCCAAAUGGUCACCGAGGAAUCAGAUACUCCAGCCCUUGAUAUUUCCAGGGAUCUGACUCAACAAUCAACCCAACAUGACAUAAAUAUAACAGAGUUGAAAAUUGAUGAUAAGUUUCUUCAAUUUGAUAAGGAUUUAACAAAAAAAAAGAAAUUGAAUUCAAACGUGGGCAAGGACAUCAAAUUUUCUGCUGAAGGAUACUCAGAUAUCAAGGUCGGAAAUAAAGUAAGCAAGCUUGCUGCCUUAUACGAAGAACGGUUACAAGGCUUUCAGGUAAUGAAUGAAAUCCAACGAAGCUCAAGAUUAUCUUGA